AUGCCUUCCCAAGUGACCGUGCCUGGUGGCAUCGACGAGACAGGUAACGCCUCGUCCCCGACAACCAACCCUCCGGCGCUCCAGUUUACGGCCGGCGCUGCGCUCUCGUGCCCAGAUGCCUUUCCCUGCUCCUUCGUGUUGAGGAGCACCGGCGACGACGCCAAAACCGCACUCAACAGAGUCCCUACGUCCGACAUGCUGCACGUCAGGCCCUGCGAGAAGUCGUCUGCCUCCGCCAGGAUGGACAUGCCGUCGGUGUCCGUCUUUCGCUCCACCAUCCUCAGCCGCCGCUGCCACACAUCGAAAACCUGCCGGGGCGCAUACGACGACGAUGCCAUGCCCAGCGGGUCAAAAAUGCUCGCUUGCACAUGCGCCAGAAACGAGGCCGACCGUGACACGCGCGUCACCAAAAGCUGCGUCCAGUGGAUACUGUAG